GCGUCUUCUUUUGGUAUGUUGUAAUUCUUUGUAAUUUUACACUGUACAGAUUUGUAGCAUGUUUAGUAUUACAAAGUAUAUUACAACUGUACACAUGUAUAUUACAUCAUGUUUUUGUCUACUAUAGAGCUGGUUUAAGAAUUUUUAACAAAUUUAUUAAAGAUUUAACUUAGACAUUUUACGCCUGAGUGUUGUUGAGGCCGAAGUCAGCUCCUUGAUGUGAUAAAUAUAUUUGAUUUAAAUAUUUUUGCAUAAUAAGUUCUAAUCCUAAUUCAAGACUUCCUCAUAGAAUAUUUUUUGUAUGAUGAAAUGUAAUCAAGUUUAUAAGUGCUAUUUAAAACUAAAUUUUAGAAUUUAUUUAAUCUGAUAUAAUUAAUUAUUUUCCACUUCUUUUCAUAUUUAGAUCCUCGGAUCAAAAUAUACCCAGCUUAUUCAUUGUGAUUUUAUUUUGUCGAAAACUAUAAAUCAAGUAACUCCGUAUUUUAGUAUUUUAUCCAAUAUUUAGAAUAGAAUUAUUUAAUAUUUUCAUUUAAUGAGUGUUAUUGAAGGCAGUUUAUAAUAAUAAUACAAAAGUCCGAACAACAAUUAUGACAUCUGCCCGAAUCUAAUGUAAUUAGGGCAAAUGUACGAAAUGUACCUUCGGCAUUUUGUCGAUUGAUUGUUUGUAAUUUUGUCCUUGUAUCCACGCCCCCCCCCCCUGCCUAACGUAUAAGAAACAUCUGUAUUAAAACUGAUAUUUCUGAGUUGUGUUUAUCUUUAUAACUCGACAAUCUGAUGGGAAUAUAUUCCUCAUUCUCCUGCAGGGUUGUAUCUAUCUAUCUAUUCAAUAUUCAUGCUUAAACUUAAUCUUUUCAGAUAAAUUCAUAAAUAUGCAGGAUCUGACAUUUAUAAUGCAUUGAGGUAAACUGUGAUCAAUAUUUUGCUUCUGGUUCUGGUUCCUAGUUCAAUAUGUCUCAACCUUUACUUACCGAGGUUCCUAGCAGUCUCAAGCAGCUUUCCAGAUUGGUUGUGCGCGGGUUCUAUGAGAUGGAGUUCUGUUUAAUCAUAGAUAUGUUGGUUCGGUAUCCUUGUCUCCGGGAGGAUGAUUUAUGUGAUCUGCUCAAGUUUGAUAAGAAGGUUCUCAGAGCUAAACUACAAACUCUUAAAACAGAUAGAUUUGUUCAAGUCAAGUUAAAAAUCGAAACAGGGGAAGACGGGAAGGCCGUAAAAGUAAACUGCUACUUCAUCAACUAUAAGAUAUUCGUCAACAUCGUAAAAUACAAGCUGGACAUGAUGAGGAAAAAGAUGGAGGUAGAGGAGAGGGAUGCAACAAGCAGGUCGAGUUUUAAAUGUGGGAAUUGUGAUAAACAGUUUACUGAUCUCGAGGCUGAUCAGCUGUUUGACCCUAUGAGUGGUGAGUUUAAGUGCACCUUCUGCAGUUGUACUGUGGAUGAGGAUGAGACUGCUAUGCCUAAGAAGGAAAGCAGGAAGCUUCUCGCCACCUUUAAUGAGCAGAUGGAGAAACUGUUUGAUCUCCUUCGCGUUGUUGAAGAUAUAAAACUAUCUCCUGAGGUGUUGGAACCUGAUCCUGUUGACAUUGCAGGAUCAGCUAGCCUUCAGCGACGAACUGCUGCUGGUCCAGCUAGUGGAGAUAUGAACGAUGGUAAAUGGUCUGGAGAAUCCUCAAGGAAAGGAGGGUUUAGGAUGGAUGACCAACAGGUUAACAUCACAUUUGGAGAAGAGAACACGAAACAGGAUAAAAGGAAGGAGGUUCCUCUUUGGAUAUCAGAGAGCACUGUCGAAACAAAAGAGGAAGAGCCCGUUGCUAUGGGUCCUAGUAUGGGAAUGGUGGUUGAGGAGGAGAGUAUGGAGACUAAUGAACUAGAUGACGAGAUAAAUAAUCUUCUUCUUAAGCACGAGAGAAGCAAUAAACAGCAGACUGCUCUUAUACCAGGACAGGAGGACAGUGAUAGUGAUAACAGGAGUGAUGAAAGUGAACCUGAGGAUCAAGAUACUGUUGAGAGGGAGGCCAUUCUUUUAGCACAAACCUUUGCUAAUCAGGAGAACAAGGACGACAUUGUUGACGUUAUGGACAGUGAUGAUGAUGAUGAUGAUAUGCCGACUGUAUUGGUGGGAGGAGAGGAGAUUGUCAUCACUGAUAUUACACCGGAUAUUAUCGCCAAGAUGACGACGGAGGAGAUGGAACGGUACAAUCAGGUGUACCAGGAGUUCUACAAGGAUAUGUACGACUAGUCCAUCACAUCCUGUACACCGCUGUACCGUUGUACCAUUGUACCUGGCCAUCUUAUAUUCACACUGAAGAAAUAUCGUACUUUUUUGUUAAUUAAUUUCAAUAAUAAUGAAUUCAAACUUUUG